GGAGAUAGUGUCCGUUGCUUAACAAUGCUUGGUCAUUUUGGUUUUGAAUGUUUGCCUCAUCAAUUGGUGAACCGAUCUAUCCAACAAGGAUUCUCUUUUAAUAUUCUGUGUGUGGGAGAAACUGGGAUUGGAAAAUCAACACUCAUUGACACAUUGUUCAAUACUAAUUUGAAAGACAAAAAAUCCUCGCAUUUUUACUCAAAUGUUGGACUUAAAAUUCAGACAUAUGAACUUCAAGAAAAUAAUGUUCAAUUGAAAUUAACUGUUGUGAGAACUGUGGGAUAUGGUGAUCAAAUAAAUAAAGAAGCCAGCUACCAACCUAUAGUUGACUAUGUAGAUGCUCAAUUUGAGGCUUAUCUUCAAGAAGAAUUGAAAAUUAAACGUUCCUUCACUGACUACCAUGAUUCCCGUAUACAUGUGUGCCUUUACUUCAUUUCACCUACAGGACAUUCUCUGAAGUCCCUUGAUCUAUUAACAAUGAAAAACAUUGACAGUAAGGUGAACAUUGUACCAUUGAUUGCCAAAGCAGAUACAAUUUCUAAAUAUGAUUUACAGAAGUUCAAGUGUAAAAUAAUGACUGAAUUGGUUAGUAAUGGCAUCCAGAUAUAUCAGUUUCCAACAGACGAUGAACCUACUGCUCAGGCGAACUCUUCAAUGAAUGGACAAUUACCAUUUGCUGUAGUAGGGAGUAUGGAUGAAGUGAAAGUUGGAAAAAGAAUGGUCAGAGGCCGUCAGUACCCUUGGGGAGUUUUACAAGUGGAAAAUGAAAAUCACUGUGAUUUUAUCAAGCUCCGGGAUAUGCUUCUUUGUAUAAAUAUGGAAGACCUGAAAGAACAAACCCACAUUCAACACUACGAACGGUACAGAUGCUGCAAACUGAAGAAAAUGGGCUUUACUGAUGUGGGUCCAGACAACAAGCCACUUAGUUUUCAAGAGAUCUAUGAAGCCAAAAGACAAAAGUUCUAUGAUCAAUGUCAGAGGGAAGAAGAAGAAUUGAAACAAAAAUUUAUGCAGCGAGUAAAGGAGAAAGAAACAACAUUUAAAGAGUCUGAAAAAGAGCUACAGAAAAAGUUUGAGCAUCUUAAAAGAGUCCAACAAGAGGAGACAAUGAAACUUGAGGAGGAGAGAAGACAACUGGAAGAAGAAAUAAUAGAUUUUUAUAAAAUGAAGGCUGUUUCUGAAACAUUACAGACUCAAGUGUGCACCAACAUAAAGAAAGAGAAAGAUCGUAAGAAAUAG